UGCUGCUGCGCUUCCCGAUUUCUUCCUAGUUCGUGUCCAGGAGGUUUUGGCGCCAACCGCCAGGGGUCGCUGUGCGCUGUGCCGGCCCCCGGUCUCUCACUCUCAGCAGCGGCAGCUCCGGGACAGGGGACGCCUGAGAGAGAGAGAGCGCGUGGCCUGAGCGCGUGUCCGCAGCCGUUCCUCCCCCAACCGAGCACGGCGUCCCCCCGCGAGGAGCCCCGGUGUGGCGGUCACGUGCGUCUGGCUCCUGACAGGCGGCGCCGCCGAGGGAAAGCAAGGUCCCCGCUCCCCGACACAGCGGGCGCCGGAUACAUGCGGGGGGAGCCCGCCCUCCUCUGACUGGAGAGGCCGCUAGAGGAGCGUGGCAGACACUCCCGGGCAGGAUGGAGUUCCCGACCCAGCAGAAAGCCGCCGACGGCAAAAUCAUCUAUCCCCCCGGGGUGAAGGAGAUCACGGACAAGAUCACUAACGAUGAGGUGGUGAAACGACUGAAGAUGGUGGUUAAAACGUUUAUGGAUAUGGACCAGGAUUCUGAAGAUGAAAAACAGCAAUAUCUCCCUUUAGCCCUGCACCUUUCUUCUGAGUUCUUCCUCAGGAAUCCUAACAAAGAUGUCCGACUUCUUGUAGCCUGCUGCUUGGCUGACAUCUUCAGAAUAUAUGCACCAGAGGCACCAUACACUUCACAUGACAAGCUAAAGGAUAUAUUCCUCUUUAUAACAAGGCAACUGAAAGGCCUGGAAGACACAAAGAGCCCACAAUUCAACAGAUAUUUUUACCUGCUAGAGAAUUUAGCAUGGGUCAAAUCUUACAACAUUUGUUUUGAAUUGGAAGACUGCAAUGAAAUAUUUAUUCAGCUCUUUAAAACUCUCUUUUCAGUUAUUAAUAACAGUCACAACCAGAAGGUUCAGAUGCAUAUGUUGGACUUAAUGAGCUCAAUUACCAUGGAAGGAGAUGGAGUUACACAGGAAUUGUUGGAUUCUAUACUCAUUAAUCUCAUCCCUGCUCAUAAGAGUGUUACACACUCUUUUUUAUAUUAUCAGAAUCUAAACAAGCAAGCAUUUGAUCUUGCCAAAGUACUCUUAAAGAGGACGGUCCCAACAAUUGAGCCAUGCAUCGCAAAUUUUUUCAACCAGGUCUUGGUGCUUGGCAAAUCAUCAGUGAGCGACCUCUCAGAGCAUGUGUUUGAUCUCAUUCAAGAACUGUUUGCAAUAGAUCCUAACCUAUUGGUUUCUGUAAUGCCACAGCUGGAAUUUAAACUAAAGAGUAAUGACGGUGAGGAACGGUUAGCAGUUGUGCGACUACUUGCAAAACUGUUCGGUUCUAAAGAUUCUGACCUUGCUAAUCAGAACAGGCCGCUGUGGCAGUGCUUUCUUGGGAGAUUUAAUGAUAUCCAUGUUCCUGUGAGAUUAGAAAGUGUCAAAUUUGCCAGUCACUGUUUAAUGAACCAUCCAGAUUUGGCUAGAGAUCUGACUGAGUUCCUUAAGGUGAGGUCACAUGAUCCCGAGGAAGCAAUCCGCCAUGAUGUUAUUGUAACUAUAAUCACUGCUGGGAGGAAAGAUCUUUCUCUAGUAAAUGACCAGUUGCUUGGCUUUGUACGUGAGAGAACAUUAGAUAAGAGGUGGAGAGUAAGGAAAGAAGCUAUGAUGGGUCUUGCUCAGCUCUACAAAAAAUAUUGCCUGCAUGCAGAAGCCGGGAAGGAAGCUGCAGACAAAGUGAGCUGGAUAAAGGACAAACUGCUACAUAUAUAUUACCAAAACAGCAUUGAUGACAAGUUACUUGUAGAGAAGAUUUUUGCCCAAUUCAUUGUUCCUCACAAUUUAGAAACAGAAGAAAGAAUGAAGUGUCUCUAUUAUUUGUAUGCUAGUUUGGAUCCCAAUGCUGUAAAGGCACUAAAUGAAAUGUGGAAAUGUCAGAAUAUGUUGAGAAGUCACGUUCGGGAGUUGUUGGAUUUACACAAACAACCAGCUUCAGAAGCAAACAGUUCAGCUAUGUUUGGGAAGUUAAUGACAAUAGCAAAGAAUUUACCUGAUCCUGGAAAAGCACAAGAUUUUGUUAAGAAGUUCAAUCAGGUUUUAGGCGAUGAUGAGAAGCUUCGGUCUCAACUGGAAUUGCUCAUAAGUCCAACAUGCUCAUGUAAACAGGCAGAUGUUUGUGUGAGAGAGAUCGCCCGGAAACUCGCUAACCCCAAACAGCCUACAAAUCCAUUUUUGGAAAUGGUGAAAUUCUUACUGGAAAGAAUAGCCCCUGUGCAUAUAGAUUCAGAGGCAAUCAGUGCAUUAGUAAAACUGAUGAAUAAAUCUAUUGAGGGCACUGCAGAUGAUGAAGAGGAAGGUGUAAGUCCUGAUUCUGCUAUACGAGCAGGACUGGAACUUCUAAAGGUACUGUCCUUCACCCAUCCAACUGCAUUCCACUCGGCGGAGACAUACGAAUCUUUCCUCCAGUGCCUUCGUAUGGAAGAUGACAAGGUGGCAGAAGCAGCUAUCCAGAUCUUUCGAAACACAGGGCACAAGAUUGAAACAGAUUUGCAACAGAUACGAUCGACGCUUAUUCCAAUUUUGCAUCAGAAGGCCAAGAGGGGUACACCACAUCAAGCAAAGCAGGCUGUACACUGUAUCCAUGCUAUAUUCUCUAAUAAAGAAGUACAACUGGCUCAGAUCUUUGAGCCUCUCAGCCGAAGUCUUAAUGCAGAUGUACCAGAACAGUUAGUCACACCUCUUGUGUCGCUAGGUCACAUUUCCAUGUUAGCACCUGAUCAGUUUGCAUCUCCGAUGAAAUCAGUUGUGGCAAAUUUCAUUGUGAAAGAUCUACUAAUGAACGACCGGACCAAUGGUGAAAAGAAUGGGAAACUCUGGUCCUCAGAUGAUGAAGUUUCUCCUGAAGUUCUUUCAAAAGUGCAGGCCAUAAAGUUACUGGUGCGCUGGCUGCUGGGUAUGAAGAACAAUCAGUCAAAGUCUGCAAACUCCACAUUGCGAUUGUUGUCUGCUAUGCUGGUCAGCGAAGGAGACUUGACGGAGCAUAAAAGAAUAAGUAAAUCUGACAUGUCUCGUUUGAGAUUGGCUGCUGGUGGUGCCAUCAUGAAGUUGGCACAGGAGCCUUGUUACCAUGAAAUAAUCACCCCGGAGCAGUUCCAGCUGUGUGCGCUGGUUAUUAAUGAUGAGUGUUACCAGGUGCGACAGAUAUUUGCACAGAAGCUGCACAAGGCACUGGUGAAGCUUCAGCUUCCACUAGAGUACAUGGCUAUUUUUGCUCUGUGUGCAAAGGAUCCAGUUAAAGAACGAAGAGCCCAUGCUAGACAGUGCUUACUUAAAAACAUCAGUAUACGGAGGGAGUACAUAAAGCAAAACCCAAUUGCAAGUGAAAAGCUGCUGUCCUUACUGCCGGAAUAUGUUGUCCCAUACAUGAUUCAUCUCCUGGCUCACGAUCCAGAUUUUACGAAACCUCAGGAUAUUGACCAAUUACGUGAUAUCAAAGAGUGCCUUUGGUUCAUGCUUGAAGUUUUAAUGGCCAAGAAUGAGAACAACAGUCACUUGUUCAUGAAGAAAAUGUGUGAGAGCAUCAAACAGACCAGGGACGCUCAGUCUCCAGAUGAUCCGAAAGCAAAUGAAAAAUUGUACACUGUCUGCGAUGUGGCUCUAUGUGUCAUGAAUAGCAAGAUCGCCAUCACGCUUGCAGAAGUGCCAAAGGAACCAAUGUUGCCAAGUAGAUUUUUCACUCAGCCUGAUAAGGACUUCUGCAAUGACAAGAGCUACAUUUCUGAGGAAACGAGGGUGCAUCUACUAACAGGAAAGCCAAAGCCAACAACAGUGCUUGGUGCUCUGAACAAGCCUCUGUCUGCCACCGGCAGGCGGCCUUACCAUAGAAGCACAGUUUCCGACACUGUCACCAAUGUGAGCAUCAUUUCAGAAUCUGAUUCUACUGUCCUUCUACGACAAAGGGAUCAGAGCUCAGAAGUUUCUGAAAUUGGAGUUAGUGAAAAUGAUGAGCAUCUGGUUAGAAUGAUCUCUGUCACUCCAGUCAAAUCUGAAGCGGUUAAGAACAAGGAGGUGAAUUUGGAUCAGACAGUGACACCUAAUCUUGGUGCAGAGCGGGGGAAGAAGAGAUCCGCUGCAUCACCGGGAGCAGAAAAUAUCCACAAACAGUCUGAAGAGAAGAAAAUGGAUGAUGUUACACCGACACCACCACCGAAGCCAAGGAGAGGACGGCCUCCAAAGUCCGAGUCUCAGGGCAGUGCGGCAAAAAAUGAUGACUCUAGCAAGCCUUCAGGGCGAGGGCGUAAGAGGGCAGCAGCUAAUCAAGAAAGCUCUGCAGGAAUGGAGGCAGGCAACACCAAGGUACCAAAACAAGAACUUGCAGCCAAAAAAACAGCACAAAGGCAAAUGGAUUUACAAAGCAGUAACUGUCUGGGCAGUGAAGGAGAUUUCCUGUGGGAAAUAGAUUUCAGUCCAGGAUACACAUCUAAUGAGGCAGAUCUGUUUAGUGCAUGUGAGAGCAGCCAGGAUGCAGAAGAUACACAGAUAAAAGAGACAGGUUACUUGAAGGUAAGAAGAAAGAGCUUGCACAAGAUGAGUAAAUAAGUGGCUGUAACACCAGGCAUGCUCCACACUUCAAGAUUUGAUUCCAUUUUUUUUUUUUUACUUUCAUUCGGGAGAUGAACUUGCUGAAAUAGUAACUGCUUUCUACUUUUAACAAAAAAAAGAAAAAAAAUUCUUAAUGUGAAAAAGUCACCAGAAAACAUACAUGUUAUCUCAAUCUCAUCAAAUUCUUUCAGACAACGUUUUUCUUUACAUCUGUUGAAAUUACACUAUGGUUGUAUGGAGCAAAGGAUUUAAGACUUCACUGCAUCGCACACCGUUUAUUGGGUUUCAGCAUUUCGGCAUCCACACUGUAUUCUGCUUGAUAUUUGCCCUAACUAUGGCCAGCUUCUAUCUAAUGAAUUUAACAUGCCCAUAGACUUGUUCCGCUGGUAUAGAUAUAUAGAGGCACAGCUGUGGCCAGGGAAAAGGGAAAGCUUGCUGGAUUCUUCUGUUGGCAACUGUCUUAUGUAAAAUAGUGCAGCAGGUCUACUUUUAAAUAGAAUGAAAUGUACAGUUUUAUUUUUUUUUUCUCCCCUACCCAUCUUCGUACAAUGAAACUUUAUCAAUAUUUUGUUUGUUUUUCCUCCUCCCUGCACAGGACAGUGUGGGAACCACAGCUUAUUUUAAAAGACAACAUUUCUUUAAGUCCUUUUUUCUCAUCCCUUUUGUCUGGGUUAUUAUAAUAUGUGAUUAAUGUACAUAUUAAUAUGUUUAUUUUUUUUUUAAACCAUAUAUCAUGAUCAUUAAAGCAGUUUUAUUGAAAUGCUCAUGAUGAAUACUGUACUGGAUCGCAAGACAGUCCAGCAUUUGGUUUUAUAAUGUUGGUUGCCAGAUUUUAAUAACAAUGUAAAAAAAAACUUUUUUUUUUUUGUUUUGUUUAUAAGAGAAAUAGUUGAGUUGGGCAGCUUGAGAACUCAGAAAUGCUGGCUCUUCAGGUUUUAGGUGUUUUGCUAUUUUAAGGUCCAUGUUUCUUGAUCGUCUCAGAAUAAUUUUUCCAAGGUUUUAUUUUAGGUGGAUAGGUGUGCACACUGCAUUUUGUCAAUGAGUUAGUGGACACUUUUGUGUAUCCCCAAUGCUGUCUGUACAUCCUGUAUGUACACAUGAUCAUAUUUAAGUUUUGUUGCAUACAAUAAACGCUUCUAGGUGUCUCAUUGUGUCCAUUGUUUUUGUUUUUGUUUCUCUCUUUCCAUCCUCACUACAGUCCUGUCUGUUUUCAUUGCAAAGAAUAUUCUCCGAUCAUUUUCCGUAGAAUAUUUACCAUUGAUGACCAUGUUAAAUGCAGUCUUUCUGGUAACUACAAAAUCUAAUGGUAAAUAAUAAUGCUUCAGCUGAUUGGCCAGAUCCUUCCCAUUAUUAUGCUUUCAUAUGUUCAGUGAUAAACAGUACUCAAAAAUAUGUACAGGGGUCUUCAACAUGCAGUCCUCCAGCUACCUUGGAACCACACAUCCCAACAUGUCCUGCCAUAGCAUGCCCUAAAAGGAAAACUCUGGCAGGGCAUGCUGGGAUGUGUAGCUCCACAGCAGCCAGUGUGUCACAUGUUGAAUACCUCGGUUCUAAAGUCUCUCUCCACUCACUGGCUUAGCAAAUAUACUAAAGUAUAAGUCACCUACAAAGAACAAGCUGUUAAUUAUCAGACUUUAUAAUGCCUACCUAUUAUGCUGUGCAUACAGAGAAUAUGUAUCAAUCACACCACCUCGCUGGACCUUGCAAUCUAUAUUGCCUAACACAUGAAUUUAGUUAUGUCUGGAGACUGCUAACUUACCAGUAUGUUUCGCGUUUGUGUGGCAACCCCUACAAACGCCACACAGGUAGUACCCUGGUAACAGUUGGACCCUUGGCCCCAGCGCAGCAAGGCAGCAUUGCUUACCACUGUGCUGGUUGUAUAAAUUUGCCUUUCAUUUUGAAAUGUAGCCAAAAUCAUAAAUCUAAACUGCCUUAUUUUAUAAAUGUAAUUUUAUGGGAUGUCUAUGAAUUCUGUUCUGUUCUUAAGAGAAAAGGAGAUAAUUAAAAAAAAAAUUGUCAUUUUCUAUUGCAGUUUAGAAAAUUAAUCUAGUGUGGUUGCUGUAGGCAACGCCACAGUUUCUACAUUUACUUAUAGAAAAUAGUUCACAAAUGUCCCUCAUUAAGCUUUUAUAUUUGUGACUGCACUAUGACAUAUGACCUAAGAAUUGGUUGUCCAAUAAAAGACAAUAUUUUAGAAAGGUUGUUGACUUCCAAUGUUAUAAUGGUUUCAGCCACUUUUGAUUUAAAUCUGUAUUCUGUUGCAAGUAAUACCGAUGUCUAAAAUUAAUCCCUACUUCAAAUUAUUUUUGUAAGUUCCUUUUAGCCAUCAAUGUGUUUUCUGUACCGUUCUCCAGUAUGCAGAAUAGCCACUGGUUUAUUUUUAGAACGUUGCACACAAUACUGCUUGUAAAUAUUAAAUGCCUUUCUAUUAAAUAUUGUUUCUCAUACAGCAUCUGUUUUUUUUUUUUUUAAUAUUGAUGUUUGAAAAGAAAUAUACACAAAUAUUUACAUGUCUUUAGUAGAUUAGAGAAAUUGCAAAUGUACGUUAAAAUAAAAAAAUAGGAUAAUUGGUCAGAUUUGACUUUUGAUUUCCCUCCUGUAAAUCAUAUUUGAAUUGGGGGGACAGACACCCAAAUUUAACAACUGUAGAAAAUAAUUAGGCUGCAGUAUUUCUAUAUAUUGAAAUUGCAAUUAGAAAUACUGUUUAUGACUUCCUGCGUAAUAAUACUGUAAAUUGAUGACUAUUAAAUAGAAAUACCGUUUCAGGUCCAUUUGGACAAACCUCCCUGUGCUGUAUUACUGUAUAUACCAACUUCUUGUGAUCCGCUUAGAGAUCUGUUCUACUUUGCAGAAUAACAGAUUGGUGACACAGAGAAGUUCUGUUAUCUUGAAGCAUAAGGAUUUGGUUCAGGUCCAUCUUUGCUUUAAAAGUUUGCCUACAGAACUGGCAGGUGUACUUUAAUUUUCCUUGUGCCUUAUUGCAUAAAUUAUUAUUCUGAAACAGUGCCAUAAUAAUGGUGGAGAAUGUGUUCUGCGUCAUUUCACUUCAGGCUCUUAUUCCAUUUCAGCAAAUAGAAAAAGCACAACCUAAAUGUUUGCAGAAGGUUUUCAUGUUUUUUCUCUCUAAUAACUAUAAUUUAAUCCUUUCAUUUUUGCAGCCAAUCUGUCCUGUCUGAUGCUUUGAAACAAUGUGUUCCAGAUUAAUCGGAACCUUUACACUUAUGUUGUAUAUUUUUUGCAAUCUAUAAUAGAUGUAUUGGCAACAAGAUGAAAAAAAACCUCUGGUAUGCUGCUGAUGGUAACAAAUGUGAAUUGACUAUAAAUGAAUGUAGUUAAUCCCAUGUAUUUUUGAGUUUGCUAUGUACAUUGUAGUCUAUUAACAUGCCCUGUUUUCAGCUGAUUUCUUAUAUUUGUCUUCCUUACUAUCGACAUGAAUACGUUGUACUGCUCUUUGCUGAAUAUUAUAUAAAUUGUCAAUAUUUUGUAUCUGAAUUUUCAUGUCCCGUUAGACUUUCUGGCCAUCAUAUACAUUUAAUAAUUAAACCAGGUUUCUAAAGGGAAAAUAGCCAUUUGUCUUUCCCUCCAAAGUGUACAUACAGCUAUUUAAUAAAGUCCAAUCUCUUCUUAA